CUUGUUUGCAUUUAGACAGCUUUGUUUUGAUCUCCACGUCCAUUUCCCUCUGAGACAGGGGCAGUGUUGCCACCGCUCAGCAAGAACAUCGAGCCAGUUUAUGGAUGCCCAGAUGGAGAAAAUGGCUGCAGAGCUCAGGGAGACGUCAGCCCUGGGUCCCUUGAAGGCCGAGCAGGGGAAGGGGACGGAGAUGGGAGAACGCAUCCUGGCAGGACCCAAGAAAGGGAAGGGAGGGGGCCCAGCCUCCCGCCUGAUCCCCACAGGGAGCAUCCAGGAUUUCUGGGAGAGGACUGUUCCUCAGAAGGCAAGCCCGGAGCCCCGCAGGAGCCUGCAGCAACGGUGGGAGUCUCAGCUGCAGGAAUUCUUGAAGGUGCUGGAGGACCCCUCCUUGGAAGGCGGGAGCCCCCAGCUUCGGCCGCCUCUGCCCAGAAGCAACCCUCGCCCGUCUCUGACCUCCUUCCGAGGAAGAGCCAAUUGCACCCAGCAGCCUCGAGCCGAGAGGGGGGCCCAGCUCACAAUCAGCCUGGGCGGAGAUGCCCACCUGAUGGAGCCGCCCAAGAGGCUCCACGGUCAGAAAGCCACCAGUCUCCUCCUGGGCCAGGAGGCGAUCAGCUUGAACGACGAGCGCUGCCUUUUCCGGCAGUUUGGCUACCAGGAAGCUGAAGGGCCUCGGGAGGCCUGCCGGCACCUUCGAAGGCUCUGCCACCAGUGGCUGAAGCCAGAGCGACACACCAAGGAGCAGAUCCUGGAGAUGGUGGUCCUGGAGCAGUUCCUGGCCAUCCUGCCCCCGGAAAUGCAGAGCUGGGUCCGGGAGUGUCGACCGCAGACUUGUACCCAGGCUGUCAUCCUGGCAGAAGAUUUCCUGCUGCGACAGCAAGAGAGCAAAGCUCAGGAAGAGCAGGCCAUCAGCCUCUUCGAGAAGGACCAUUUGACUGAGAAGGCUCCCCUGGAAAGCUGGCAGAGACCCCUCCUCAGAGAGACGAAGCGGGAGAGUGACAGACACGCGGUGCUGUUGGAUGACGAGAAAUUCUGCGGGGCAGAGAAUGAGGAUCGAGAGUCGCAUUGGAUGUGGUCUGGAAGAGGUGAGCCCGGUGUCCCCUGCUCUCCCAAUCCGGGGGAAGCUUCUGAAACCCUGUACUGGAACAGCCUGGAGAAGGCCGAGGGCAAAUUCAUCAAUUCCCAGGGGACGUACGAGGACUUGGACGAGAGCGUCCUGCAGCCGGGGCUCUUUCCCAGCGAGCGAGACAACGCCUGCCUCAUCUGCAGGAAGGCCUUCCGGCGGCGGUCCAACCUGAUUGCCCACGAGCGGACCCACUCCGGCGAGCGGUGGUACAACUGCUCGGAGUGCGGGAAGAGCUUCGUCAGCCGGGCCGCCUUCCUUAUCCACCAGCGGGUCCACACGGGGGAGAAGCCGUACAAGUGCUCUUACUGCGGGAAGGGCUUCAACACGGGUUCGAGCCUCACCCGUCACAAGCGCAUUCACACGGGUGAGAAGCCCUACAAGUGCCUGGAUUGCGGGAAGCGUUUCAAUGACUACUCCAACUUCAUUGUCCACAAGCGCAUUCACACGGGCGAGAAGCCCUACGAGUGCUCUGUCUGUGGGAAGAGGUUCAGCGAUAACUCAAACUUUAUCAAGCACCACCACUGAGAGGUUACACACUUUGCUGGCAGUGGUUUCGUUGUGUUCGUUUUUUUUCACUUGAUGAGAAACGCCAUCAAGGCAGCAGAGACAUACAGGUAGCCCUCCACUUACAACCACACUCGGGACUGGAAUUUCCAUCGUAAGUCAUUGCAGUCGUAAGCCAACUCAUCACGUGACUGGUCCUGAUUUUAUGACCAUUUUAAUGG